AUGGGUCUGGGAGAAGUCAGUGAAGUCCGGCAGCACUGGCCGGUGGAAGAAGGCACGCCCACGGAGGUGCAGAAAUGUGGCUGGAGGGAGAGCGUCUGCAUGAGGGAUGAGCACAAGAGGCAGCGCUGGUGCUGGUGGUUCUCGCCGGUAUUCCUGACCAUCUGGGUGACUGAGAUCCGGAGGAUGCCUGGUGUGGGCAGCUGGCCUUGGCCUCCACUGAAGGUGAAGCUGGAUGAGGCUGCAGUGAAGGGGAGGACCCAUGGGCUGACUGGCAGCACGCAGAAAAUAGUGCUGCUGAGCUCCAAGCAGGGGCCCAGGGCCUCUCCUUACUACAAGGCCCAUUCUUACAGCUGCUGGGCCACUCCCACUGCAUCGAUUAGCAACAUGAGUCACAGCAGCAUGGCUGAAAAGGCAAUAAGGACCAUACUCUGGGGAGGUGAGCUCAAUCAGGAGAAGCGGACUUGCACCUUCAGACCCCAGGUGGAGAAGGAGAGCUGUAGGCUAUUGCUCAAUGUGAUUUGCUUGGGGGAGAAAGCCAAAGAGGAAGUGAACCGAGUGGAGAUUGUGAACCAGGAGGACAGGAAGGUGCAGCCUGUCACCAUUGCCUCCCUGAAGGCCUCCGUCCUGCCCAUGGUCACCAUGAUGGGAGUGGAGCUUUGUCCUCCAGUCACUUUUCAGCUCCGGGCUGGCUCAGGACCCGUGUUUCUCUGCGGCCAGGAGUGCUAUGAGACUUCGGACCCCUGGGAAGAAGAAGAGGAAGAAGAGUGUGAGGAGGAGGAAGACGACGAUGAUGAUGAUGACGAUGAUGAUGACGAUGACGAUGAUGCAGAGGUAUCUCUAGAGGAGACCCCUGCCAAACAAGUCAAAAGGCUGGUGCCCCAGAAGCAGACAAGUAUCGCUAAGAAAAAAAAGCUGGAUAAAGAAGAGGAGGCAGUAAGGUCCAGUCUUCCAGACAAGAGCCCUGGGAGAAAGGUCAGUAGUGAGCAGCAGAAGCUGACCCUGGGGAAAGAGGAUGGUCUCUAG